GUGUGAAAUAAACCUGUAGAACUCUUACAUAUUUCAACAUAAUUAUGGCAACCAAGAAGUUUCUAUCUCUUAUAUACUUGAUGGUGUUGGUUCAAAUCUUUCUACCAAUGAUUUCAGGACAAACCAAAGAAUGUUUUCUGCAACAACCAUGUGAAAACUCACCGACAUGCGAUGAGUUUUGUAAAUCUAAAGGAUACAUAAAAGGAGGAUAUUGUCAACACUAUCUUGGCCCAAAUCACAACAAUUGUUGCUGCUACCUUGUUGAUUCAGAAAAGUUUUUCAAAUUCGAUGAUACCAAUGUACUCAUUACUAAUUAGUUCAUCAUUGUAGUCAUUGCCGGUCCGGAUCAUUUGACGCCUAUAGCGUACUAAAAAAUAAUGCCUUUAAACAUAUUAAUUUUUACUACAUUUUAAAUAUACUAAAAAUUAUAUCAAAAAUUAUUCUUUUUAAGUGUAAUAUUCAAGUGGUUCUUAACCAAGGAUUUCCUAAUUACUCAAUCAAUACACUGAAGCAAAGAAAGCCAUAUGGCCGCAUUGUAUAAAAUCAUAAUGGAUUUCGAUUCAUUGUAUUUUAAGUAUAAUCAUAUCAAUCAUAUACAACACUAGACCUAAAUGAAUCAAAUACCACUCACACAGAUUGGCCGCCUGUCUUGCGUCAACCUAGACAAUCUUUAGAUCUUGCCACAUUAAGACCAUCCGCAUCAGCGGUUUAUGGGGGGGGAGGGGAUCAUGGGCUUGGGAUCUUAGGCCCGAUCAAUUAAAAGAAAAUGUAAAAUGGGUAUAUAUCGCUGAACCGGGCCUUAGUUAUGAACCCGUAAGGGGCGAGUUCAAGCCACGCGUCACGCACAGAUUGGCUGGUCGUUUCCGCGUUGACGUUGUGGAAAGACGGGAUUUCGCGUUAUUUCAUUCAUUUCUCUCUUCUCUCAAAAAAGCUAGGGUUUUUCAUCCUCGCGGCGAUCUUCCGUGCGACGGCGAAUUCCGUAGGUUUUGUCCAUCAAAUCGACGACGGUCUCUGUUCUCGACGCUCUAAGGUGAGUAUAUAGUUGAUUAAAUAUGGAUUAGAGUCGAUUUGGGGGUUUGUUUCGAAUUGCGAAUUGUGUGAUUCAAAAUCGAUUUGGGGUUUUUUUCCUUAGGGUUCUUAAUCGAUAAGGGAGUUCGAUUGAGAGUUCGUUUAAUCAUAUUCCAUCAUUAUUAUGUGCUAAUACUAUCGAUUUGUGGCACAGAUGGAUCCGGCUGAAGAGAAAAGAAAUUCAAAGAGGCAAAUCGAUUACAACAACAUGUUAGGGUUCGUGGCCGAUUCAGAGUACAGGAUUCCAAGAAAGUGUCCAUGUGGUGGGAGAAUCAUUGAUGAGGUUAGACGGAAGGACGAGUACGACACUCAUCCGGGGAAGCGGUUCUUCACCUGCAUAAACCACGAGGUUAUCUUUUUUCGCUUUGAUUAUCGUUUAUGGGUUUCAUCAACUACAAGUCUCUGAUAUUUUUUAAUGUUGUACCCAAGGCUGAUGGGUUCCAUUAUCGUCAGCCUUGGGUGAUAGGUGUGCAGGAGGAGAUCGAGAGGUUGACUAAGCGGGUGGUGAAGGCUGAAGACGUCACGAGGGGGAUGUCGAAAGUCACUAAACAGAUUGAGACACUGGAGGUUAGUGAACUUUCUUUGCUGUUUCAUUCCUCUUACAUGUUUGAUUUUAGUUAUGUACUUCUUUAAGCGUGACUAACACUUUAUGUUUUAUGUUUCCAUGUCCAGGAACAGGUACAAAUCCUCUCUGGGCAGGUGGCUGACCUGGAGAAGGUUUGCUUCGAAUGAAAAGCAAAGGUAAGACUCGACAUAACUGUAGAGGUUGUUUGCAAUUGCCUGUUUGAAAAACUUGAUUGCUAUAUGUCUGUUCGAAAUUGUUAAUGUAUAUUUAAAAGUAGAACUAGAAGUAGAAUUUUAACAUACGAAGCUAACUUGUUUAACCGUGGAAAAAAACAACUUGAACACACAAACAUAUUAACACGUAACCAAACCUUAAACUACAACGAUAACUAGAUGUCUAAGUAGAACUUAAAAGUAGGUAUCAUUAAUUAUCUUCUGGUUGUUGGUUGCUGUUAUGAAUGUUCGAUAGUACUUAGCUGUAGUUAACUUUGGUGAGUGAUUUGAUGUCUAGUUACUGCUUGUAACAACUUGUAAUGGCUUUUGUAAUGAAUGUUUGGUAGGUAUAAUUUGUUUAAUUGUUCACAAACUAGUUUAUAAACAUAGCAAAUCCGCCACUCCAAACACAGAAACAUAUAAACAACAAACCCAACCUAAACCACAAUGGAACCUUUCUCUUUUAAUCCUCCCGGGUUUGUUAACCUUUUACCUUCGCAGAGAAGUCUACCAAUAGACGUUGACUCUGCUGAGGCAGCUGGUAUCUCUCCCGGGAUAGUGAAACCAUUGGAAAGGAGAAAGUGGGUACGCAAAGAAGACCUCGUUCUCAUCAGCGCUUGGUUGAACACGAGUAAAGAUCCGAUAGUCAGUAAUGAGCAGAAGGCAGAAGCGUUUUGGAAGAGAAUUGAAGAGUACUUCAACUCAAGCCCUCAGCUCAUUGGCGCCGUUCCUAGAGAAUGGAGUCAAUGUAAGCAGAGGUGGGGAAGGGUAAAUGAGCAGGUGUGCAAGUUUGUGGGAUGCCACGAAGCGGCUUUGAAGGAGCAAGCCAGUGGCCAAAAUGAGAAUGAUGUCAUGAAGGCUGCCCAUGACAUCUUCUUAAAUGACUAUGGUGCCAAGUUCACAGUUGAGCAUUGCUGGAGGGAGCUCAGGUUUGAUCAGAAAUGGCGAUCUUUCUCCUGCUCCAAAGAUGGUGGGAAGGAGAAACGGAAGGAAGCAUGUCCGGAGGUGGUGGCUGACGAUGAAGAGGUUAGGCCUCCGGGUGUAAAAGCGGCAAAACGCAAGAAGCACGGGAAUGAACACGCUUAUGAUCAAGUUCAGAGUAUGCUAGCUAUGAAAAAUAGCAUUUCCAAACAGAAGAUACUUGAGCGUCUCCUAGGCAAGAAUGAAGACACACUUUCUGAUGAAGAAGUGUGUCUUAAGAAAAACUAAUCUCGGAAAUGCUAUGAUUUGGUGAGUGCCUUGAAUUUGCUUGAAUAUUAGAGGUCUAGAUUCUGUUUAGGUUGAUUGGCUUAGGUUGUGAAUAUGUUCUAUAUCUUUAAUCUCUUUUCUUUACUUGAUUGAAUAAUUGAGCUUGUGAAUAUGUUAAGCUUUAUUGAAUCUCUUUUAGUGUACUUGAUUGAAUCUGUUUGCUUUUCUUUUGCAGGACAGGGAGUGCAGGUGACAGUUUGGAGGUCACGGGUGUUGGAGCUCACGGGUGUUGGAUGUUUGCUGGCUGUUUGUUUCACGGGUAGUUUGACUUUAGUCACGGGAAAGUGUACCAUUUUGUUUCUGGGUACACUUAAUAUGUAUCACGGAUGUAAUAUGUUCUGAACUUGUAUCACGGAUGCUCUUAUCUCAUUUUCUAAACUCUCUAUAUAAUGUCGAUGUAUGAACUCUCUUUCUAUGCACCUCUCUAAGAAUAGCACUUCUCUUUCUUUUAAAGUGUAUGUUUGUUUCUCUCUGCUUUCUAUGCACCUCUCUAUUUAUGUUUCUAAAAGGAUAAACCUCUUCUCUUCUCCUCUAUCACUCAGUCAAACGAUGAAGCCAUCUCCAUCUUCAUCUCAGUAAAGACGCUCUCCAUCUCAGUCAAACUGCCAUACGGGCAACUCAAACACACAAACAAGGUAAUUAGGAGUUGUUGCU